AUGUCGCGUCGAGUGCCAAGUAAACGCCUGCAACCUCUCCGUUCGCAGGUUGCGCCGGAACCCCCGCCGCCAGAACCCGCGCAACCGCCGGAACCGGAGCCGCAACCGCCGUCCGACGACGAGAAGGACCACGAAUGGCGACCGUCACGAGCCGCCUCUCCUCACCGACCUGAUGAUAUAUCGGAGGGCUCCGAAGUCAACGCUCGACCUGUGAGAGCGGAACCGACCAGUAGAUACGCGAACCUCAACUACUGGAAGGCCCGAAGAGUUGUCUUCUACAGAAAUGGGGAUCCGUUCCACCCGGGAGUUGAGUUCCGGUUCAAGCUGGGGAGAGACCUGGUUUCCAUGGAUGCUCUGCUCGACCGCCUGUCGGAGAGGCUGGAGCUGCCGAGAGGAGCAAGAUUCAUCUUCGGCAUGGACGGAGACAGGAAAUACCGGCUGGAGGAACUCGAAGACGGCGCCUCCUACGUCGUGUCCUCCUACAAAACGUUUAAGGCCGCCAGCUACGGCAAGAAGAACGGCAUGUGGUACGGCGGCGGCGCGACGGGCGGCGGGUGGUCGCGCGGCGUGUCGCGCAAGCAGUCGGUCGCCGAGUCCGACGCACCCCCACCCGGCGGCGGCAAGGCCAGCGGCAGGGUCAUCCGCAUCGUCAACAACAUGGACCACUCCAUACAGUGUCGAGUUCUACUGAACUUACGAACAACGCAGCCUUUCGAAGAGGUUUUAGAAGAUUUGGGGCAGGUUUUGAAAAUGAGUGGGGCCAAACGAAUGUACACGAUCACUGGACAAGAGGUGCGAAGUUUCUCCCAACUUCGGAAUGAGUUUUCUGACGUGGAGACCUUCUACCUGGGCACUGUGUUAGCUGCGCCGGCCAUCAGUCCGCGCGUCAGCGCACCGCUGCCCAUAGACUCACCUAUCAGAAGAUCAAGAUCACGAGGCACCUUAGCAGCCAUCCCAAUAUCGGACGACACUCGCGGCCGAGCGCGAGCGCGCAGCAAGAGCCGCCCGAGAGUGUUGUACGCGCCUGAAGGAGAAAUUGUACGGAAUUCGGACUACACCCUCCUAGAGGUACUCAAGGAGGAGCCGAUCCGCGUGACGAUCCGCGGUCUGCGGCGCACGUUCUACCCGCCCAUACACCACGCGCCCAUAGACAACUCGCCGCCGGAUAAGAAGAUGCAGCUGGACUGGGUGUACGGUUACCGCGGCGUGGACGCGCGUCGCAACCUGUGGGUGCUGCCGACGGGCGAGCUGCUGUACUACGUGGCCGCCGUCGCCGUCAUGUUCGACCGCGACGAGGACGCCCAGCGACACUACACCGGACACACCGAGGACAUACAGUGCAUGGAGCUCCACCCGUCCCGCGAGCUAGUGGCGAGCGGUCAGCGCGCGGGGCGGGGGCGGCGCGCGCAGGCGCACGUGCGCAUCUGGAGCACGGACACGCUGCAGACGUUGCACGUGUUCGGCAUGGCGGAGUUUGAAGCUGGAGUGUCGGCGGUGGCUUUCUCGCAGCUGAAUGGUGGCAGCUACGUGCUGGCGGUGGACGCGGGGCGGGAGAGCAUCCUGUCCGUGUGGCAGUGGCAGUGGGGACACCUGCUGGGGAAGGUCGCGACGCUUCAAGAAGAACUGACUGGAGCGGCGUUUCACCCCCUAGACGACAACCUACUCAUCACACACGGGAAAGGACAUCUAGCUUUCUGGAAUCGACGAAAAGACGGCUUCUUCGAAAGGACGGAUAUAAUUAAACCGCCGGCGCGCACGCACGUGACGGCUCUGCAGUUCGAAGCUGACGGUGACGUGGUGACGGCGGACAGCGACGGGUUCAUCACCGUGUAUAGUGUCGACAGCGACGGUGCUUACUUCGUGAGGCUCGAGUUUGAGGCACACACGAAAGGCAUCAGCUCUCUCAUCAUGCUGUCAGAAGGCACCCUCAUAUCUGGUGGGGAGAAGGAUCGCAAAAUAUCAGCGUGGGAUACUUUGCAAAACUACAAGAAAAUCACGGAGACAAAGCUGCCGGAGCCGGCGGGCGGCGUGCGCAGCAUCUACCCGCAGCGGCCGGGUCGCAACGACGGCAACCUGUACGUCGGCACCACACGCAACAACAUCAUGGAGGGCUCGCUGCAGAGACGGUUCAACCAGGUGGUGUUCGGUCACUACAAGCAUCUGACCGGCGUGGCGGUCCACCCCGACGACGAGGUGUUCGCCACCGCCGGACACGACAAGAACAUCGCGCUGUGGAAGGGACACAAGCACAUAUUCGCCACGCAGGUGGGCUACGAGUGCGUGUCCUUGGCGUGGCACCCGGGCGGCGGCGCGCUGGCGGCGGGCAGUGCGGAAGGCCACCUGGUGGUGCUGAACGCGGACGCCGGCGCACACGUCGCCACCGUCCGCGUAUGCGGCUCGCCGCUCACCUGCCUGCAAUACAACACAGCGGGCGACAUGCUGGCCAUCGGUUCUCAGAACGGCAGCAUCUAUUUAUUCCGCGUGUCGCGCGACGGCUUCUCGUACAAGAAGUCCAACAAGAUCCGCGGCACGCAGCCGUUAGCGCAGCUCGACUGGAGCCUCGACGGCUGCUACUUGCAAACCGUCACACAGGACUACGACCUGUGCUUCUGGGAUAUCAAGGCCUUAUCGCCAGAGAAGAGCCCGAUAGCCAUGAAGGACGUAAAGUGGUCGACCUACAACGCGACUGUUGGAUUCCUCGUGUCAGGCAUGUGGAACAACCGGUUCUACCCGAUGACGUCGCUGAUCACGACCUCCAGCCGCUCCUCCGCGCACGACCUGCUCGUCUCCGGGGACUCCGACGGCUACCUGAGACUGUUCAGGUACCCCUGCGCGAGUCCGAAGGCGGAAUACAACGAGAGCAAAGUGUACACGGGGUCUGUGUACGCGGCGCGGUUCAUGUUCAACGACCGGUGUGUCGUGACGUCGGGCGGCACCGACGCCGGCCUCAUGCUGUGGGAACUCGUCGACGACUAGCAG